CAAGUCGAGGUACAACUUGAACCUUUUUCCGAACAAAUAUUGGAGCACUUCAUGGGAUUUUUUUAAAUUCUGUACAUCAAGGAUCAACCGGCGGAGAAUUAUCUAGCACUUGGAUUGGGGCUGGCUGGCCCUUAGUUUUGGAACAUGAAACAUAGCGGCAGCGCGGCACUUUUUUCCCUCAAAUAAAACGGCAUCGUUCCGGAGAGAAGCGAUCGUUUAAAAAUGCAUCUCCCAGUCUCAGAGUUCGGUUUCUUUUUCUUGCGCCACCACUCUGCAGUCUGCACCUACAAAGGGUACGGUUAUUUGGCUUAGUUUAAGGAAAGAAGAAAAGAUAAAUGGGAAAGAAAACGAAGAAACCGGGAAAAGGCAAAGAGAAAACAGAGAAGAAAACUGCGAAAGCUGAGGAGAAGAGAGCUCGCAGAGAGACGAAGAAACUCUCUCCUGAAGAUGACAUUGACGCCAUUUUGUUGAGCAUACAAAAAGAGGAAGCUAAGAAGAAGGAAGUCCACGUGGAGGAAAAUGUCCCUGCUCCGUCCCCUCGGUCCAAUUGUACGUUAAACAUUAAUCCAUUGAAGGACACUGAGUUAAUUCUUUAUGGUGGUGAAUUCUACAAUGGUAGUAAGACAUUUGUAUAUGGUGAUCUUUACCGUUAUGAGGUGGAAAAACAAGAAUGGAAGAUGAUUUCAAGCCCCAAUAGUCCACCUCCUCGUAGUGCUCAUCAGGCAGUUGCAUGGAAGAAUUUUCUUUAUAUAUUUGGAGGUGAAUUUACAUCCCCAAAUCAGGAGCGGUUCCAUCACUACAAGGACUUCUGGGUCUUGGAUCUGAAAACAAAUCAGUGGGAACAGUUAAACUUCAAAGGCAGUCCUAGUCCACGUUCAGGUCAUCGAAUGGUUUUAUACAAGCACAAAAUUGUUCUUUUUGGUGGCUUCUAUGACACUCUUAGAGAAGUGAGAUAUUAUAAUGAUCUGUAUAUCUUUGACCUAGAUCAGUAUAAGUGGCAAGAGAUAAAGCCUAAGCUUGGAGCAAUGUGGCCAAGUGCACGGAGUGGCUUUCAGUUUUUUGUAUAUCAAGAUGAGAUUUUUUUAUAUGGUGGCUAUUCGAAAGAGGUGUCAUCUGAUAAGAACAGCUCCGAGAAAGGUAUUGUUCACUCAGACAUGUGGUCGCUUGAUCCUAGGACUUGGGAAUGGAACAAGGUAAAGAAAAGUGGGAUGCCUCCUGGUCCUCGUGCUGGGUUCUCCAUGUGUGUUCAUAAGAAGCGUGCUUUAUUAUUCGGAGGUGUAGUGGAUAUGGAAAUGGAAGGGGAUGUAAUGAUGAGCUUAUUCUUGAAUGAACUUUAUGGCUUCCAAUUAGACAACUAUCGCUGGUAUCCCUUAGAGCUGCGGAAGGAAAAGUCAACAAAAGAUAAGUUAAAAAAGAGUUCUGAACGAAGGUCUAAUGAAUCUGCUGCAGACAAGAUGGAUGCAAUGGAAAUGGUGUGUCCCCCAAAUGAUGAUGAUAAUCCAGAUUACCAUGAAGAAGCAGCUGAUACAGAAAGCAGCAUUGAUGCAAUAUCUCAGAGUAUGAAAACAAACAUGGUUAUUCUUGAUGGUUCUUUGGAUGCCAAAUUUGAUGAAAAGCCUGAAGCAUCUAAAGCUAAACUAGUUCCACAAAAUUCUGUUUCGCCAGAGACAGUGAAGCCGUGUGGACGUAUAAAUUCCUGCAUGGUUGUUGGCAAAGAUACAUUAUACAUAUAUGGUGGCAUGAUGGAGAACAAAGACCAAGAAAUUACACUUGAUGAUUUGUAUUCUCUUAACCUCAGCAAACUUGAUGAGUGGAAGUGUAUUAUUCCGGCAUCUAAAUCAGAAUGGGUGGAUGCAUCAGAGGAUGAAGAUGAUGAUGAGGAUGAAGAUGCAAGUGAUGAUGAAUGCAGCAGUGAUGACAACAGUGAUGAGACUGAUGAUGACGACGAGGAUGAUGUUGAUGAUGCAGAGACUAGGAACACUGGUGCUGCAUCACUUAAAGUGGGAGAUGCUGUUGCUAUAAUAAAGGGCGAGAAAAAAAAUCUUCGUAGAAAGGAGAAACGGGCCAGAAUUGAGCAAAUCAGAGCUAAUCUUGGCCUAUCAGAUUCACAAAGAACCCCAAUGCCUGGAGAAUCUUUGAGGGAUUUUUAUAGGCGGACAAAUUUGUACUGGCAAAUGGCAGCCCAUGAACACACUCAACACACUGGAAAGGAGCUUCGAAAAGAUGGUUUUGAUCUUGCUGAAGCUCGGUAUAGGGAACUCAAACCACUUCUGGAUGAGUUGGCUAUAUUGGAGGCGGAGCAAAAAGCCGAGGAAGCAGAGCCUGAAGCUAGUUCAAAAAAGAGAGGCAAGAAGAAAAACAGGGCUUGAAUUAUCUCAAAGUUGGGAAGGAAUUUUGAUACAUCCAGCGAAUUAUGGAAGUGAGAAUACACUUGUUUAUGGUUUACGAUGAGUUACGAGAUAUCUGCAAGAAUGAUUUGGCUGUGUGCAAGUUGUCGUAUUUAGUUAGGUUUGCAUCCCUUUGCAAAGAUGUGGAUUGAAGGACCAUGAAUUUCGGACGGGUAGAGACAAUCAUCAAUGCAGGAUAAAUGUCAAGGCUUGACAAGGUCUAAGUGGCUUCCCCAACUUCAUCAGUGGAUUUCAUUGAUAGAAAGCUAUGGAGGAACCAUUACAGUUUAGACCAUUUUGGAACCGGACAGUGGAAAUGUAAAAUUUGGAAUUGUAUCUAAUUUUCAAAUGUUAUCUUGAGUUUACUAAUAAACCUAGUUCUUAAGCUUCAA